AUGGCCAGACAAAACUUUAUUGGGUUUGUCAUUUCCCAAGGGAAGAUGGACAAGACCGUGAAAGUAAGGGUCAUGCAGAAGGUGCUGAACCAGAAACUACAGAAAGAAUAUUUGAAAAAAAAGGAUUUCCUUGUCCAUGACGAAGCCAAUAUUUGCAAAGAGGGAGAUCUGGUGAGGAUCGAGGCCACUCGUCCGCUGAGUGCGCGCAAGUCGUUCGCUGUGGCGGAAAUCAAGAAAAAUAAAGGUGAGGAGUUCCAGCAUUACCAGGAAGAAGCCAAAAGACAGGUGGCCGAGGAAGAGACGAGAAGAAGACAAGACCUGCUCAGGAGGAGGGAGUUAUACGAUAACAACUCUUCGACGCUAUACCACGACCUGGACGAGGUGAAAAUGCUCAGAAAGCCUUUUUCGGAGCUGUCUGAAGAGGAGCGCGAGAAGAUCGCCAAUUUGAAACUGAAAUAUGGAAUUUCUAACUGGGACGCGGGUUUCGAGAACCAGGAGCUUUUUAUGUCGAGCCUCUCGCAUCUCGCAAACAAGCUGGAGUCAAUUAGAUCGGAGGUGGAACUCAGCAAGAAGCUGGAAGACAUAAUCGCCAAAGGAGAGUCCGAUCCAACGUUCAGAAAUCUCGUAAAUAAACUCGACCUGGAUCCGGCUACUACGAAGAAAAACAUCAUGAAAAAUAAGAUGAGGAAACUCUUACAGACCACGUCACCAGUGGAGCUGGCCCAAUGGGGCAUCAAUUUGUAA